AUGAAGUCUGUUGCCAUCUUUAUUACAGGCCUGCUGUUCGCCAGUAUCGCCAGUGCUGCUCCCAUCGCCGCUCAGCGCAACGACGAACCCGCUCUCCCUCACCAGGUCGCCAAGAGAGGCGAUAUCAACUCAACAUACUGCGAUGUGUACCCAGAAGUAUUCCCCUGCUCGGAGUUCUGCAAGGGAAACCAACUGGCAGACUUCUGCCGACCUGAGUAUUGCGAUCACCACCCCGAACACUGGUCUUGCAAGCCCAAGUACAAGACGCAGCCACCAAAAUAA